GGCCGUGUCUCCGCUUCCGUUCCCUGACCAAGCCACAGAGCAUGGACCAGCAAGAGGGCCCUCCUCCUGCUCCCACAGAAAACGAAGUGAAAUAUGAUGCUAAUAACAACGAGGAGGAGGAGGGGGAGCAGUUCGAUUUUGACAGUGGAGAUGAAGUUCCGGAAGCAGACCGACAAGCCCCGGCAGACGCUGGGCCCCAGGGCCGGGAGGCAGGUGAAGCCUCCUCCCCUGCUGGAGGCGAAAACGGGACCAGCACAGACGCCGAGGCAGUGGCAGAACCUGCCCCCCUUGCGGUCCCAGCCAGAGUGAACCCCUAUUCCGUCAUCGACAUCACGCCAUUCCAGGAGGACCAGCCGCCGCCCUCCGACCUGAGCGCCGAGGAGGAAGCCGUGGGUCUGCAGGUGCCCAGCGGGUACUCAGUGCCUGUGCCCUGCGGCUACGCUGUCCCCUGCAGCCUCCCCCUGCUGCAGCCAGCCUACUGCAGCCCUGCCAUCAUCCGCACGGAGUCUGCAGAGGAGGAAGCAGGAACUCUGGAGGUUGCUGAGGACCACCAGCCUGCUUCUCUAAGUUCUGCAGACCCUCCACUCAGUGGUGAUCAAGACAGCCGAGGUGGCAGCGCCCUUGCCCAAUGGGCAGCAGACCCUGCCAACACAGCAUGGAUGGAGAAUCCAGAGGAAGCCAUUUACGAUGAUGUGCCAAGGGAGAAUUCAGACUCGGAACCAGAUGAAAUGAUUUAUGACGACGUGGAGAACGGAGAUGAAGGUGGAAACAGUUCUCUGGAGUAUGGGUGGAGUUCGAGUGAAUUUGAAAGCUACGAAGAGCAGAGUGACUCAGAAUGCAGGAAUGGAGUCCCCAGGCCCUUCCUGCGCAGCAGCCACAAGAAGCAGCUUUCCCAUGACCUCACCCGUUUAAAGGCGCACUGUGAGGAGAAGGUGAGAGGCUUGGUGGCGAGCACGGUGGGCACCGUGGAGGGGCGGCAGCUGCAGCGCAGGCGCCAGCGCAAGAUGCAGAAGCUCAUGAAGGCGGCCAGGGAGGGCACCAAGGACGGGCUGGAGAAGACGAGAGCCGCGGUGAAGAGGGGCCGCUCCUUCAUCAGGACCAAGUCCCUCAUAUCUCAAGAUCACAGGUCUGGUCUUGAUGAGGAGCAGAGUUUGUUCAUUGACGUGGACUGCAAGCACCCAGAGGCCGUCCUGACACCGAUGCCCGAGGGUUUAUCACAGCAGCAGGUUGUGAGAAGAUAUAUUCUGGGUUCCAUUGUUGAAAGUGAAAAGAACUAUGUUGACGCUCUUAAGAGGAUUCUGGAGCAAUACGAGAAGCCACUGUCGGAGACAGAACCGCGGCUCCUGAGUGACAGGAAGCGGAAGGUGGUGUUCUACCGGGUCAGGGAGAUCCUGCAGUGCCACUCCAUGUUCCAGAUCGCACUGGCCAGCCGUGUGUCUGAGUGGGAUGCCGUGGAGACCAUUGGCGACGUCUUUGUGGCCUCGUUCUCCAAGUCCAUGGUGCUGGAUGCCUACAGCGAGUAUGUGAACAACUUCAGCACAGCCAUGGCCAUGCUGAAGAAGACCUGUGCUGCGAAGCCUGCUUUCCUGGAAUUCCUGAAGCAGAGCCAGGAGAGCAGUCCAGACAGGGUCACACUCUACAGCCUGAUGAUGAAGCCCAUCCAGAGGUUCCCGCAGUUCAUCCUCCUGCUCCAGGACAUGCUGAAGAACACGCCCAAAGGACACCCUGACAGGCUGCCCCUGCAGAUGGCGCUGACAGAGCUCGAAACCUUAGCAGAGAAGUUGAACGAAAGAAAGAGGGACGCGGACCAGCGCUGUGAGAUCAGACAGAUAGCCAAAGCCGUGAACGAAAGGUACCUGGACAAGCUCCUCAGCAGUGGAAGUCGGUACCUCAUCCGGUCCGACGAUGUGAUCGAGACGGUUUACAACGACAGGGGUGAAGUCGUCAAGACCAAGGAGCGCCGGCUGUUCAUGCUCAACGACGUGCUGAUGUGUGCCACGGCCAGCCCCCGCACCUCCCAUGAGAGCCGCCCCACAGCCAGCCAGAGGUACCUGCUGAAGUGGAGUGUGCCUCUAGGGCACACAGAUGUGAUCGAGUAUGGCCCCAGCACAGGGCACCAAGGCAGGUGCCCCACCACACACGCGCCCGAGAGCCUGGCCGUGGUCCCUAAUGCGAAGCCACACAAAGUUUACAUGGGGCCAGGACAGCUGUGUCAAGAUCUGGAACACCUGCUGCACGACCUGAAUGUCGUGGGCCAGAUUGCUCAGCUGAUGGGAAACCUUAAAGGGAGCUAUCAGAACUUAAACCAGUCCGUAGCCCAUGAUUGGACAUCAGGUUUACAAAGACUGAUUCUGAAGAAAGAAGAAGAAAUCAGAGCUGCUGACCGCUGCAGAAUUCAGCUACAGCUCCCGGGGAAGCAGGACAAGUCUGGGCGGCCCACUUUCUUCACGGCUGUGUUCAACACAUUCACACCUGCCAUCAAAGAGUCCUGGGUCAACAACUUGCAGAUGGCCAAGCUCGCCCUGGAGGAGGAGAACCACCUGGGCUGGUUCUGCAUGGACGACGAGGGCAGUCACACCAAGAAGGAGACGCACCCUCUCCUCGUGGGACACAUGCCAGUGACGGUGGCCAGGCAGCCAGAGUUCAAGAUAGAGUGUGCUGCCUAUAAUCCCGAGCCUGACCUCAAUCACGAAGGUCAACCCGGUCCAUCCCCCGCAGCGCGUGGCUUCCUGUGGAUUGGAAGCUGUAGUGACCAGAUGGGUCAGAUUGCCAUUGUCUCCUUUCACAACUCCACCCCCAAAGUCAUCGAGUGCUUCAACGUGGAAUCCCGCAUCCUGUGUAUGGGGUACAUUCCUGCCGAGGAGCAGCAGCGGGAGUCCAGCAGCAUCGUGGACCCUGAGGCCCAGGCCACCAGAGCAUCUGAAGUGCCCACCAUCUGUGUGGGCACGGAGGAGGGAAGCAUUUCCAUUUACAAAAGCAACCAAGGCUCCAAGAAAGUGAGGCUUCAGCACUUUUUCACUCCCGAGAAGUCCACGGUCCUGAGCCUGGCCUGCUCGCCGCAGGGCUUGUAUGCUGGCCUGGUCAACGGCUCGGUGGCCAGCUACACCAAGGCUGCAGAUGGAUCCUGGAAUUCAGAACCUCAAAAAGUGAUCAAACUGGGCGUCCUGCCAGUUAGAAGCCUCCUGCUGAUGGAAGACACCUUGUGGGCAGCAUCUGGCGGUCAGGUGUUCCUCAUCAGCACAGAGACUCAUGCUGUGGAGAGUCAGCUGGAGGCCCACCAAGAGGAAGGAAUGGUCAUCUCCCACAUGGCCGUGGCCGGCGUGGGGAUCUGGAUCGCCUUUACCUCGGGGUCCACCCUUCGUCUCUUCCACACAGAGACCCUGAAGCACCUGCAGGACGUCAACAUCACUGCCCCUGUGCACAGCGUGCUGCCAGGGCACCAGCGGCUCUCUGUGACCAGCCUCCUCGUCUGCCACGGCUUGCUGAUGGUCGGCACCAGCCUGGGUGUGGUUGUGGCCCUGCCGGUCCCUCGGCUGCAGGGGAUCCCCAAGGUGACCGGAAGAGGCAUGGUCUCCUACCAUGCUCACAACGGUCCUGUCAAGUUCAUCAUCACGGCCACAGCCUUACACAGGAAGGACCAGGACAAAGCCAGGGACAGCCCACCUCCUGGCCUCGAGCCCCAGGAUGAAGACCAGAGGGACGUGCUCCCCACUGAGGGCACUGGUGCCAGUCCAAGCCAAGGUGACCUGGACACAGCCAUCUGGUUGGCAGACUCCUUGGGACCAGUGAGCCACAAGAGUGACCUGUCCUCUUCCUCUGGGUCUCUGAGCUUGUCCCAGGGCUCCAGCUCACUAGAGCACAGGUCUGAGGACAGCAGCACCUGUGACCUCUUGAAGGACCCCACUGCCCCCCCGAGAAGCAGGGCAUGUCGGCCCAGGAAGGCCAAGGCCAGCUCGGUGCUGGUGGUGUGUGGGGGCCAGGGCCACCGGCGGGUGUGCCGGAAAGCCCGGCAGCAGCCCCCGGAGGAGGUCGUGUCCUCUGUGAUGGUCUGGCAGAUCCCACUGCUGAGCGCAUAGGUGGACAGAGCCUCCUGGAAGGGAGUGGCCUUGGGGCCACCUCUCAGCAGCUGCAGGCCCCUGUGGCUGAGGCCACCUUCAUACCGGCAGAGCCGACUGAAGUGUGUUGGAAAAGAACGUGCAGUGCACCAGCGGCUCCCGCCUGCCCUCCAUGUGCAGGGGACAGAGCCUGGUCCUCCCGGGCUGGCCGUCUGUGUCCUACGUGCCCCUGCACCUUCUCCUGUAGUGAAUUCCUGGGGACAUGUAGCUGUUCAGUAAUGUGGGACUUACUAAUAAUAGCUCUCGGCCCUAACUCUGCUUGGCUCAGAUUCCCUACCCUUAUUUAUAUAUUCUAUAUUUGCAAGUUCCAGGGUAGAAUUUACAACAGUUUUUAAAAGCCAGGUAACACACACUAGACCAGUCAGAAUGGUUUACCUUUGGAAGGGACCUGGGCUUUCCUAAGGGGUCUGAUGCUUGUACCAUAUAUUUUAACAAAGCAUUAUUUUUUAUAUUGCAUUUUCUAUUAAAAAUUAACAGUUAAAGCCAAUGUAUUAUCUAUGGUGUUUGACAAAUAAUCUGCUUUGAACCAAAAUGUUCAUUACCUGUCAACGUUUAGACUCAGGCAUCAAUACCAAAUCAUUCUUCCCUUGUCAUAUCAAAUACUUCUGGACAUCCUCAUCAGACAUGUGUGGGUUUCAGUACUGUACUGAGUACAGGAGAGAGCUCUGAGUUUCUGGUCCCAGACAUUUCUUGCCCCAUAGACCUGGAGUGCUGUGCACGUCUGCAAUCUCAUCCUGAGGACUCACGGUGUUCAUCAGCACAGGUGUGCUGCUGGCCUGGAAGCACCAGGAGGAAUGCCCCCACUCUGCCAUGGAAAUGUCCCUGCAGGACACUGCUGCUGGCCUGGGAGCAGCCCAGAGGAGAGCCCCACUCUGCCCUGGGUCUGCCUCUGCAGCUGCAAGCCCGCGCUGCCUGUUGGGUGCACGGCCACUACUGAGCUCUGUUUGUUCCUCCUGUGUUUCUGUACCAUGUGCUAGUACCUGGUGAAGUUGGGUCAAAACAGUAAGAAAAAAGCCUAUUGCAGGCAUUCCCCAGGAACAUUUCUUGGCACUUUACAGAUGACUAAAAAUGCUAAUUUUAUGACUUAGCCAAAUAUUUUCUGAGUUGCAUAUACACUUCCAAGCUUUCUUAAACUGUUAGCUGCUA